AGAAAUAAAUAUCAUGAUGUAUUCCAUGGAUAACUUGGAGUUAGAUAUGAUGAACCGUCAUUAUAUUUACGACACCCAUGGGUUCCUGGGUAAUCCUGUGAUUCCAUCACUUCCACCUCACUGUGGCCCACCUUCAGCAGUCGCUCUUCCACCCAUAGUUUCACAAAUUCCACCAUCACAUCCACCUGGGAGUACUGGUAGCUCUAAUUGCAGUGAACACUAUCCUUUUGAUGAAAACAGCAGUGAUGAUGAGAGUAUUUAUGGCAGUGAUCGAGAAAUUCGAACACGAGAUACUCAUUCUAGAAAACGUAGUCAUGAUUGCAUGAAUGGAGGAGGCGAAGAUGAAGAUGGUCCUUCGUUAAAACGACCAAGACAAGCUAUCCAACAACGCCAAGCUGCUAAUCUAAGGGAACGAAGACGUAUGCAGAAUAUAAACGAUGCAUUUGAGGGACUUAGAGCACAUUUACCUACUCUCCCAUAUGAAAAACGUCUAUCAAAAGUCGAUACACUUAGGCUAGCUAUUGGCUACAUAACCUUCCUUACUGAACUCGUCCGAGCUGAUAAAGGCAACGAUUCCCUUGGCAAUGGGACGAUAUCCAGGUGUUCUGGUCGUGAAAAUUCCGAGAAAGUUAUAGUUCACAGCUAUGGAGGCAAUCCCUACAUCUCUCAUUCUCUAUCUUGGUCAAGAAAAUCUGAUAUCUCUCCUAACGGUACAAUGUUUGCCAAAGUAUGGACCCCAGAAGAUCCUAGAGUGUCGAAAAAUACUAGCAAUAAUUUCAAUAAAAUAGAUGAAAUUGAUAUAGAGAAGGUUUGGACACCUGAAGAUUCUAGAUUACCUAAACAUGGUGGCGCUAAUAAGUUUGAAAAUGUGGAAAUGCCAAAAGCAUGGACUCCAGAAGAAUCUCGUGCCUUGAAGAACAGUUGUCUUAAUACUAAUGGCAUGGAGGUAGCUAAAACAUGGAUGGAAGAUUCAUCAUCAAGACAAGGUUCGAAAGAACGCGUAUCUGAUAUUGAAAAACAUCGAACACUUGAUUGUGUUGUUUUACAAGCAUAGGACAUAUAGAAAUAAGGGUGAAACUUAUAAUUAAAGUGACAAAUGUGUUAUUUAGUUUUUAAGUGAUAAUCAGUCGAGUGUCAUCAGCAUACAAGGUCAAAAAAGUCCUCAACUUUGAAAACUAGUUUAAGUGUAAAGCAGUAUUGUUGUUAUAAUAUUAAUAUCAUUCGGUAUUAUGUUGAAAUUAGCCUUUAUAAUACAAAUACCAAAGACUUGGAUUGAAA